AUGGUAGUACAAGAGGUCAAGGUAUUGUACUUGUUACAUCCUACAGUCGUUACGGACGAAAAAUUAGUGGUCGAGACCAAAGCUAAAUUAUUGGGAGAUGUCACUCAAAUGUUGAUUUCACAAAUUGUUUCUAAACCACCUUCGGAUAAGUUUGAUAAGAUCUUUUAUGUUAAUCCUAAUGAAGGUGAAGGAAGAUACAUACCUAAUGAAGUUUUGGAAAUUUUCUUCAAUUGUUUGAAUGAAGGAGGUGAAGUUGAAGGGGAUUUACCAACUGAUCAAGAUAUUGAUGUCUUAAUGAAUGGAUUUGUCGUUGAAAAUAAUAAAUGGUUGAAACCUAAAAAGUUCAAUGUUAUCAGUUUAAAGAAGUCCAAUAAGGAAACCGUUUCAAAAUUGGGAGGUUUCAAGAGAUUAAAUGAUGAAAAGACUGUUAAAAGUCCAGGAUUAACUGACUCCUCAAUUGCCAGUGAAUCAGAAGAUGAAAAUAAUAAAAGAAAAUUAGAUAAAAUGAAAUUGACAUACUUCUCCGAUUCCGACGGGGAAUCUGAUUCAGAAAUUGAUGAAAAUGAAUUAUUAGAAAGUAAUUAUACUUUAAUUAAACCAAAGAAAUGUGAUACUACAGGCAAGAAGAGAAGAAAGGCUUGUAAAGAUUGUACUUGUGGAUUAAAAGAAUUAGAAGAACAAGAAUUGAACAAUCAACAAACAUUGCAAUCAAAAUUAUUGUCAAGUUUAUCUCAACAAGCCACCAGUGCUAAUAGAGAAGCUAUUGCUAUUGAAGAAAGAUUAGCUAAUAAAGUAAAAUUAGACUUUAAAGAUAUGUCAGAAAUAGAUUUCACUAUCAAAGGAAAAACGGGUGGGUGUAAUUCAUGUUCAUUGGGUGAUGCAUUCAGAUGUGAUGGAUGCCCAUACUUGGGUUUACCAGCUUUCAAACCUGGUGAAGUUAUCAGUUUAGAUAACUUUGGCGAAGACAUUUAA